AUGUAUUUGCAGGUGAGAUUAUCUCCAGCCAAAAUGUCAGCCAAGAACUCUACAGAUCUAGUUGAAUAUGUUGACAAGGGUCCCCCCUUUCUUCCUGUCAUUCCAAACAACCAGGCAUGUCCUCUGGAAGACAGAUUGAAUAACCAGGAGCGCACCAUAGCUUUCCUUCUUGAGCAAGCCUUCCGCAUCAAAGAGGACAUCUCCACUUGCCUCCAGGGGGCCCAGGGCUUUCGAAAAGAAGAAUCUCUUGCCAGGAAGUUACUAGAAAGUCACAUCCAGACCAUCACUAGUAUUGUCAAGAAACUCAACCAGAACAUUGAGAUCCUGGAAGACCAAAUAAGAAUUCGAGACCAGGUGGCCACAGGAACUAACUUUGCCGUGCAGGAUCUAAACAUCAAACACCUACAAGGAGUUGGAGACCUUCGAGGAAGAGUAGCCAGAUGUGAUUCAAGCAUUGUGAAGCUUUCCGGAGACAUCCAGUUGAUCAGGCACGAGUGCCGACAAGUUGAGAAAUCAUUCCAAGACCUCUUUUCUGCCCUAGAAACGCUUUCCAAGAACUUGGAUAUGAAGGUAAUGCAGCUCUUAGGAAAGAUAGAGGCAUCCACUUCUGAGCACACCUCAAAUUUAAAGAUGGUCCAGGGAGAUUAUCGGCAUGAAAUGAACCUCUUGGAAUUCAAAUUUAGCUCACUUUCUACAAAUGUGUAUGAAGAAAUUGAAAACAAUCAAAAAUGGACAGAAAAUCAGUUUAUCAAGUACAGAAAAGACCACCUGGGUCAUAUAAAUGAAUGUCUGAAGGUUGUGCAGGAAAAGCUGGAAAAGUCUGAGAUAAAAACAGAAGAAAAAGUGUUGCAGCUUUCAAGCAACUUGGAGAACUAUAUUAACUCCCAGAAACAGGAAGCAGAAGUAAACAAAAUAAAACUCAUAGAAAAUAAACUAUCGAAGAGGAUGAAUCAGAUGGAAAAACGGAUCUGGGGCGAAUUAGAGAGGAUGCAAAGUGAUUACCAAUCAGGAUUCAAAUCAAUUCAUGACUCCAUCAGCUCUCUCCAACAUAUACAGAAAACAAAAAUGGAUUUAGAGAAAUAUAAAGUACAGAAAGACCUGAAGAAACUACAGCGUAAAAUUGUGGAACUCCAGGAAGUAUAACUUUGAAGUUACUCUCUCUUCCACUAGCUAGUUGUGAAGAAGAGAAUUAAGAUCUUUAGGAUGUUGACUUCUAGUGUUUCUUAUCACCUCCUAAAGAAAUUGAUAUACCAGCAAAA